GCGAGUGAUUAAGUAGAGCAAAAUUUAUUAUUUUUACUCAUAAGUAUAGAUUAAACAUUCAUACUGCUAACAAUAUGAAUACCAAAAGUGUAUUUACGAUAUUUUUGUUGGGGGUCAUUUCUUUGACCCAUGGAUUCGACACAGAAUUUCUUACUGCCAAUGGAAAGUUGAAGUUGGCUAAGCUGGUAAAAUAUGAACCUGAAAAUUUUGAAAAUUAUGAAGAUUCUGGAAUUACAGCAAACCUAAACGAGUAUGCAGAAAAAAUUUUCUACAAUGUUGGAAGGUAUGCUUUAACCCAUGGACUUGAUCCUAUCGAUAUUGCAAAUAUAACUGAAGAUUUUAAACUGGCAAUGAUAAAGCUUACACAUGGUAGACUUCAAGGAAUAUCCACACUUAAAAGAUAUCAAGACGUUUUAGCUAAUUACCAACAUAGCACUAAGACUUUAACUGUCACUUUACCUAUAGAAUUUGCUGAUCUUAAGUUUACCUAUGAUUACGAUGUAAGAAUACUCGGACUUGGUCCAAGCGGCAGCAUGGAUGGCGAAAUCCAGGAAUUUAAGUUUUACCUUCAAUUUGCUUUAGACCUCGAGAAAUUCGUUGUAUCAAUUAAACAACUGAAGACAACUGACAGUGGCCACAUCUCUGUUCAAUUCCAUGGAAAUAUUACAGAUAUUAUAGCCAAUUUGUUAUCUGAAUUCAUAACUACAAUUCUACAUCCAUUGCUACAGGUAUAAUUGAGGCAAUAAUAAAAUUAAUAGCGAAUAACGUAGUAGACGAAAUUAACAAACUUCUACAAAAAAUAAUCAAUCAAGAUGCAACUGAGGUUAUUAUUAAGGAAGUACUGAUCCAGCUUAACAAAUCUCUUGUAAAUUAAUUACUCCUACAUUAGUGUUUAAAUAUAUUGAAUCAGAUUAUAAAAUUUUAAAUAAAAUUUAUUUUUUCAUAAUAAACUAAAUAAACAACUUUA